AUAUGAAAGAACUUAGUUGGUUAUGCUUUGUGUUUUGCGAGAAAUAUGAACUGGGGGAGCAAAAUGACGCCAUCUCUUCGGGAAAAUGCAUAUCUUCCGUUAGAAAAAAAACUGUACAGUAACAGUACGUAUAAUUUUUCUCAAAUCUUUUGCCAAAUAUUCUCUAACAGAACGUGUUCCAUUCUCGAAACCAAGGCGAUUCAUUUGCGGCAUGAUUUUAAAUUAACUCCUCCAUUAUAACCUUAUUGGUUUGUGCAGUGUGGUCCAUCAACUUUUAAAAAAAAAAAAAAAAAAAAAAAAAAACUGUGUGGAAAAUGUUGGCGACAGUUCAUAGUUUCCAGACUUCGGAAGUCAUCGUGCCGAAAAUUCUACUUUUAGCGAUAUUGAUCGAGUUUGCACCACCGGUGACGCUUCGCACCACUGAAUAUGAACCAGAUAGUGAUGAAAUAUUCACUUUUAACGAUCCAUUUGGCGAUCAUGAAACGACGGCGAAAGUUCCGAAGAAAACAAAACGAGAAAAAAGCGCGAAAAAUAUGAAAAAACCAACUCGCACAACGACGAAAGAACCAGACAGUGAUGAAGUGUUUACAUUUUUUGACCCAUUCGGCGAUCAUGAAACAACGACAAAAAAUUCAAAGAAAGAAAAAGGUGGAAAAAGUGCGAAAAAUAUGAAAAAACCAACUCGCACGACAACGAAAGAGCCAGACAGUGACGAAGUUUUCACUUUUUUCGACCCAUUCGGUGAUCACGCCACGACAGCGGAGAUAAGGGGGGCAAAAGCAAAAGAUAAGGAUCCUUUUUACCUCCCAUGGCAAGACCAUAAAGAGUUCCCGGAGGACUCAAAACGCCCGGAGGACUGGGUGAUACCAGAUGGAGGUUUUGAAGAGGAGAAGGGGCACCUGAUCUCCGAUGAAACGACUUUAUUUACCUUCCCUAGGAUGACUACGACAUCUAUAAUGAGGGAUGAGCAUGGGUUUCCCUUCAGGUCUAGAAUGUUCUCACCGAGUGAGAUAAAAAGGAAGCUCAAGGAGUACAAAAUUAUCCCGGACGUUAUUGACGAGUCGCAGUCUCCAAAAAUACCCUGUGAGUUGCUGUAUUCUAAAAUGGAACCCAAGGUAAAAGGAAAACAUGCAGUAUUUGGAACAAAAAUGGAGACAGCUAUUGUUAGAUAUGAACCAUUUUACGUCGAAUGGCCCACCAAAUGGGGAGAGCGAUACACUUUACUAUUGAUCAGUCCGGAUUAUCCAUCGAGGCAGAACCAAACUGAAAAGGAGUAUUUACAUUGGAUGGUUAUAAAUAUACCUGAGUCUUUCGUUACUUCUGGAAACAUACUAGCGGACUAUGUCAGCACGAUACCCGAGCCGCACACAGGUUACCAUCGAUAUGUUGUUCUAAUUUUUAAGCAAAAAGACGAGUUACGAGUGCACAGACUUCAUUCUAGCGGGCACGAUCCCAGUCGGAUCCGUUUCAACACACGCAAGUUCAUCAAGGAGUACAAGCUGGGCACCCCUUACGCUAUGAACUUUUUCGAAUCAGAAUGGUCGGACGACUCGGAAUUCUGGACGACCAAGCCCCCAAGCCGACCUCCAACGACAACGGAUACGCCGUAUCCUCACCACGGCUUCACUUGGUUCCCCAAAGUGACGAGCAACGUGUCGACGACAGAGGGGAAAGAGUGGUUUGAGAAGCUGGUUUAAGCUGACAUCGAGAAAAUUUGUGCUAUUAUGUUGCUUCCGUCGAAAAUAAAAAAAAUAAAACACAAAACAAAGAAA